AUGGCAUCGCCAUUGUUGCCAAAGCGCGGCAGGCCAAAACUAAGCAUUGAAGUUCACCGGAUUGGCCUACGAAUGGACGUCUAUAACGAGUGGCAGGUACAAAAAGAUUUGGUUGGAAUGGCUGAGAAAACCCAUAGUGAAUUCGCUAGUCACCUACUGCAAAUGUGUGAAGAAAUGAGAGUGCGUGAAAACAAUCAACAAUGCUCAACUCCAUCGAGUCAAUCCCAAGGGCAAGGUGAGUUCAUUAUAAAUUAUACGCCAUGAUUAUUCUUCCAACACCUAUGAUUUUAAGGAAAUGGAAUCUUUGUAUUGUAGUAUUUGUAUUUUAUUCAUAUAUGCUUGAUUAUUUACAGUACGAGUGGAUAAAUGUUGGAACAAAUUUUAAUUAUAAUACAAAUAUUUGUUUUUUGUUCCAUCAGGUCAUGUUGUCCAGUCUACGCCAUCACGACUUGUUAGAAGAUCACUACUUCAUGAAGAUAUUCAUCUGUCACCUAUUCUGGCUGACGAAUCUGAGAUUGAUAAGUAGAUUCUAGAUAGAAAUAGAACUUUCCCACACCAUUCCAAAUAUAAGCUCCCCCCCCCCGAAUAUAAUCCCCCCCACAUAUUGAAUAUAAUAUCAUUUUUGUUUCUUUUCAUGUUUAUAAUUAACAAUAAAUACUUGGUUACCAAUGUUGUCCAUGUAUAAGCCCCCUGUAUAUACUGUAAGGUGUAUAAGCCCAUCAAAAAACACUUACAAAAUUUAUAUAAGCCCAGGGCUUAUAAUCAGGGGUUUACGGUAUUCGCUCACUAUUUUCAGGACAGUAGAUGUUCCAUGCGUCGAUUUGUCCCAGUUUGGAUGUUAGCAGAAUUGAGAGUCUGUGCACAAGCAUCAACCCUGAAUUUGGAAUGUUUCCUGGUAGGCUGUCAUCAGAAUCGGAAAGUGAGAGAUCUGAAUCUUCAGAAACAACAAGGUGAACAUUACUUUAUAGUAUUAUCAAGUGCAUAAAUUAUGAUACUAUGACUACACUUGGAAAUAUCCAGAGUUAGCUACAGUAGAUAUAAUAUUUUAAUACUUUUUCCAUUUGUGCACUGCAUUAACAUAUUUUUAAUUUAUAAACAAGCUGCUCGGAUUUGCUCAGUUCAGAAUAUGCUAUGUAUGAUGCUGAUGAGGAUGAUAUGGAUAAUUUUGAAUGGUGUGACGACAGUUUUUAUGACAAAGGUUUCAUUGAUGUUGACGAUGAUACUAUUCAAUUACACCUAUGGUGUUUACACUUGCACUUGUUGUCUGUGACUUGACUUCUAUUGUGAUUUUCUUCUUCUGAUGGAUGUGAAUGAGUAGAUGAGUUAUCAAUGUUCUGAGUACAUAUAUACCCUCAUCUGAACAUUCAUAAUUCAUUCACUCUUUCACAUCCAUCAGAAAAAGAAAGUCGCACCUAAAAUUUCAGCAAAAAGUGGAAAAUAUAAAAAUUGUGAAGUCAUGUGAAGUAAUGAUUUAUUUAUUAGACACACCAGCAAGCUAGAAAAUUUCAAUUCAAUGCUUUUGAAAUAUACACCAAAGCGAGUUGGAUUUCAGUAAGUAAUAUGUAAUCGUAAAUAAUGUAUUUACUAAUGUAUUUGCAACACUCACUCUUUGUCUGGUGUUAGAUGAUAUUGUGGCCACAUAUGGGCAUGUUGCUGUCAUUGUAGCUUAAUGGAUUUCAAAUUGAAAGUCAAGACAAUUAUGUCAAUUUAUUUAUUAAACUACAACAUUGUUUUAGGAAUGACUCAUUUAUAGCAAGAACAUUACUUGCAGCUAUUGACCACAACAGCCAUCUCUUCAGACAAGCAGCUUUGAACAGGGAUGGAAAGAAGAAAUACAACAAAGUGUACAGCAAGCGUUCAAAAAACUGGAGAGUGACGGCUGUAUUAGAAGAGAAGACCUAUGACUUCUGGCCAGCUCUAACUUCUGGCAUCCUGUAG